UGUGGCCUACUGGUCAAUGAAGUAGAUUAAGAACCUGAGGUCUCGAGUUCAUAUCCCAGCAAAUAUUAAAAAACAAACACUAGAAUUGAAACCAAGAUUGUUGGAAGUUUUGUUCGGGUCCAGUUACAUCCUGGGAAGCGUAAUUCUGAUCAUCAGCUUGUGCAAAUUACAGCUAUCGAGCAUGGAUCAAGCGAUAAGUGCAGCCCUGAAAGUUUUGUUCAAGUUUCAGAUAUGGCCAGAAAUGUUUGCUUGACCAUGCUUUCUGACGGUGAGAUUAAAAAGGAAGAAUGUGAUGAGCUAAAAGAGAAGGUGAAAGCAGGCCUUGUUAAAAAGCUUACAAUUGUGGAGCUUGAACAGAAGGCAAAAAUCCUUCACGAGGACAUCACAAAGCAUCGGAUUGCUCAAGAGCUGGUGUUGUUGCAGAAGCUUAUUAAUAAUGCAAAUGAGAAAGGAUGGAGACAUAAAGUUAAUCAGUACAUUUGGAGAAGCCAGAUCCUAAAGACAACUGCAUACCUGUCAUCUCAGCUGGAGAAUAUUCCUCAAGUGAUCCCAGAGGAAGUUGAGCUUGAAUCUCCUGAUACGAAUGACAAUCAGGUGCAACAAUGUUCCGAUGAGACAACCUCAAUAAAGCAGCAGGACAUUCCCAGAGUGACUCCUGAGAAAGUACAUCUUGAACCACCGGCCAAAGAUGAAACGGAUGGCAUUAAGAUGCACGAAUGUGGAAAUGAGGCAACUCCUGCUGAAGAUGGAGCGCCUUGCUCUGGUAGUUGGUAGAUGUAAUGAUGCUUUGUACAACUCCCUAUCGUCUCCUUCCUUAGUCAAAUUGGUGUUGUUAAGACUUUCCGGGAAAACUUAAGUAGCUCGUCUCUAAUGGGGGGAAGAUCCUUCUAUCAGUUGCAGGUCUUUCCUUGGUACUUCGAUUUUAGUUUCUACAAAGAUUAUUCAGUUAAGAAAAACCAGUUGACGUCAUUUUGAAGUUACAUUUGCAGAUUUUCUCUUAGCCUAUCUCAUGAUUCAUGACAAAUGGAUCAAGGUGCAUAUGUUGCAAUGUUUUUUCUUUUCGAUUUUGUGUAACUUAUAUUUCUCUCUGAGAAAAUGCAAGUCAUCUUCUGAUUCUGGAAGGAGCUGCAUGCAUUUAUUUA